GAAUAUAACCCGUAAUAUAUUAUAUAUCGCUGUAUUAACAAAGAUAAAGUACAAACAAUAUUUAAUUGCAUAAUCGACCGUCAUGCACAUAUAGUCUAUUACAUUAUCUGUAUCUAAUGUGCUCGCUCUAUAUCCGCUUGUAACUACACACAUCAAGGGUAUAUAACGAUAUAUGUAUGUGAGUAUUAAUGGCGCUAUCGUAAUCCCAUUGCCAACUACUCUAAUGUAGCACUCAGUGGACUAACGGGGAAUGUAACAUCGAUACUUGCAGCGCGUUGCAGCCAAAAAUCUAGAAUUACGCUGUUGAAAUGGGCCUAACAUAGUGUAGCAAUGCCUAUGUACAUCACCAUUAACCUUCCAGAUGGCGAUAAGCCAGAGGAAGAUGCAAGCUGUGACACCCAUAAGGAUGAGGACGACCUUGGGUUGGAGAAUGUAGUAAGUAGGCAACGAAAGUAUACAGUAGAGUUUGAUAAGUCAUUGGCCAUGUGUGUGGAACAGUUCAACAAUCUACUCAACCAAAGAUCGUGUCCUGUCAAGGUACUCCGCUGUGCUAAUAGCGCAUACAACCUUGGACUGAGCAUAUCACGGCUUGAUGUAUUACGGAGGGAUUACGUCAGUUGCAGCUACUGCACAAGCGCUGAUCAUUACCCAGUGAAUUAUUUCGACAAUAUAUUUGAUGAACAAACUGACAGUGAACAAGGUGCUGACACUUCGAGGACAUCGGAAAGCUCUACUCGAGGUGUUAAUCGCUAUGUAGCACAUGCUGAUAGCCCAACUACAACGUCAAUGCAGGAUAUUUUCUUAUACCCUACCCAGAAUAUAAUCAAGCGGUUCAUGGAUCGCAGAACAGUCACCAAAUUAGUACGAUCUGAUGCUCAUUAUAUAGAAGUGGAGCAAAGUAACACUUUAUCGGAUUAUGUAGUGUAUAUGGUCGGAAGCCGUAUCGAGGAGCAACCAUUACUCCGUAGUAUAUGGGAGAAUACACAAGAAGUGGUUGCAUUCUUAAGGAAUAACCUUUUUCCAUGGUUUCGUAUAUUCCGAGUAUCGAUACUCAUUACAUUCGCACAGUGGACAUUAUUUAUAGUUAGGCUGGUGUACUCCCAUACUCACCCUGACAGCACAGAGGAACAUGAUGGCAUACUAUUCGGCGCAUUCAGCGGUGAGCUGCUCAAGAAGGAUUUUGCAAUAUAUCGGUUAAUAAGCUCCACAUUUUUCCAUAAUUCAGGAGGACAUCUUAUUAUUAGCACAAUCAUGCAUUUUAGGUUCAGCUCGGUACUUGAACGCAUUCACGGGCCAUGCAUCACGCUGUUUGUCUAUUUUCUGUGCUCAAUCUACGGUAUGCUGGGAACUUGCUGGGUCAACCCGGAGGACUUACAAGCUAAUGGAUUCGCAGGGGAUUGGGGAGUGGCAGGUGCCUUAUUAAGCCGAUACUUCAUGUUCCCUUAUCUGAUAGAUCGAGAGCAUCAGCACCUAAUCAACGUAUUUGUCAGCCUUCUGUGUUUAUUGUUCGCAAAGACAAUAGCGGCAGUGACCAAGAUCUUACUCUCUACCCACCUGCUAUCAGCAUUGGCGGGUUUCUGUCUGGGCACUAUGAUAAACAAUCGACUUAUAGGUAGGACUUGGUGUGGAAUCCCCAGCCUUGUUGUCGAUUUUUUAUGCUCAUUUACGCUCCUCGUUGUGCCCGUGGGUUCGAUAUUUGCAUUAUCCCUACUUGAGACGACGUGACCUGCGUGUCCCCGAUCGCGUGCACCGACUGUUGGGGUAA